AUGGAAACGGUAUCAGUAGCAAUGACAGCUGCUCCAAAAUCGUUACCUAUCUUAAGUACAAUUUUUAAACUUUCCACUGAUAUACGUGAAACAAGUGAACGAGUUGAAACAAACAAAUCACAAUGUGAACAAUUGAGUGAACGUAUUGAUACAUUGAUUGGAUUUUUGGCAGAAAGAGAUUUAUCUCGUUGUUUAAAUGAAGCAAUGCAUAUCGCACUUAAUCGUUUCGAAGCAUUUCUACGUCGAUGUCUCGAAUAUAUUAGUACAUUUCUUGAAACAGGCUGGUUUAAACGUAUUGUUAAUAACAAAGAUUUCGAGAAAAAAUUUCAAGAUUUAAAUCGUGAACUAACUCAAUAUUCGAACGAUCUUAAUUUUGGUAUUGGAUUAAAUAACAUGCAGAGCACUAAGAAGCAAGAAGAAAACCACUAUACUGACAACUACUCGCCAGAUGCUUCUCAAAAUCCUGCCACUAUGGAUGAGUCUCACGAAUAUGAAAAUGACUUUAUAGAGAAGAAAACAGCAGAGAUAGCCGAUGAUGAUGAACAUAGUGGGAUUGCAGCUCGACAAGUUCCACCUUCUGGAAAAAAUAUUCCUUUUGUAAAUACCGCAAGAUCGGCCGGAAACAUUGAACAAGCCCAACAGAGCGUUUUUAUUUCUGGUCUAUGGAAUUAUGCGUAUAACCAAUAUAAUCUAGCCUAUGGACCCUUUCCACAUCAACUUGUUUUUAAUUCAACAACAAGAAAACUACAUGGUUAUGGUGAAGAUAAUGUUGGUCAAUAUAUAUUGAACGGAACAUUCUCAGAGGAAAAUCGACAAAUGGAGAUGACACAAAGUUAUCAGUAUGGCACAGGAAAUCCGACUCUAAAUUUGGGUCAUCAAGAUAAGAUGCAACUUAAUUGGAAUGCACAAAGAAAAAUAUUCGAAGGCGUCGCUUAUUCAAACGUUCAAGAGCGACGUUGUCGAUGUUUAUCGAAUAAUUCAUCUUGUUGGCCAAAUGCUUCUGUAUGGCAAACUUUUAAUGAAUCAAUCAAUGGACAACUUAUUUUUCCUAAACCAUCAGCUGCUGUUUGUAAUUCUAAUCCACCAAACGUUAAUGCAUGUAUUACAGUAACUGAAAAGUGGCCGAAUUCUUUCUGGCGUAGUGAACAAGCAGGAGCAAUGCAAAGUGCUCAUUGGGAAAAUAGUUCAUGUUCUAUUUUUUUUAAUAGUACAACAUGUAAUCAAGGAUCGGUACCUAUUUUAGCAGUAAAUGCAACAUUACCUGAACAUGUUCAAGCAACUUUACAAUUAGUGAAUCGUUAUAAUCUACGACUUGUAAUUAAAACUACAGGACAUGAUUUUUCAGGUCGAUCAACAGCAAAUGGUGCUUUACUUCUUUGGUUACAUCAUAUGAAAAAUUUCACUUUUAUCAACAACACAUUAUCAUGUACGGGAGAAAAUAUUUCCAAUGCCAUUCGUAUUGGUGCCGGUAUACAAUGGGGUGAAGUAUAUAAAUGGUUAGCUCAAUAUAAUUUAGUUGCUAUUGGUGGAGCUUCAAGUACUGUAGGAGCUAGUGGUGGAUUUUUACAAGGAGGUGGUCAUAGUCUAUUGUCACGAUGGAAAGGUUUUGCUGCUGAUCAAGUUAUUGAAUAUGAUGUUAUCAUGGCUGAUGGACGUCGUCAAACAGUCAAUUCAUGUCAAAAUGUAGAUCUAUUUUGGGCAUUACGAGGUGGUGGUGGUGGAACUUUUGCUGUUGUAUUAUCAGUUACCUUACGUACUUAUCCUUCACCAUCUAUGAUCAGUUGUAUACAUUUCUUGAAGCCACCAAAUAACACUCGCUAUGCCAGUUUUGUUCAUCAUUUUGUACAAUUAUUACCAACUUUAGCAGAUUCUGGGUGGGCUGGUUACUUUUAUUUAACUAUGGAAACAUUUACACUUGUAUUUUUUCUACCCAAUGGAAACAAUGAUAUAGCAAAUACAACAAUAAAUCAAUUAAUGAAUAAUUUUACUGAUUUUAAUUUUAAACAACCGGCUUAUCAUUCAUAUCCAACAUUUAUUAAUUUUUUUGUUAAAAUUCUGGAAUCAUCUAGUGCAACAGGUAAUAAUGUUAUACUUGGUUCUCGUCUUAUUCCUGAAACCAUUAUUCGUAAUCAACCAAAUCAAGUUGCUGAUACAUUCCUUCAAGUUAAGGAUGGAAAUGGAUCGCUUCUUAUCGGACAUCUUGUUGCCGGUGGCAAAGCAUCAGAUACAACACAAAAUAAUAGUAUUAAUCCUGCAUGGCGUACUGCUCUUCUUCAUAUGAUCUAUGCUCGUUCAUGGAAUGAUGGUACAUCAAUUGAAGAUCAAGAAAAACUUGCUAAACUCGUUACAGAAAAAGUUGAAAUUCUUCAAACUAUAGCCGGUGGUUCACAAUCAGCAUCAUAUAUGAAUGAAGCUGAUCCGAAUGAAAAAGAUUGGCAACAGAAAUUUUUUGGUUCACUAGAAAUUUACAAUCGACUAAAAUCAAUUAAAGAUAAUGUUGAUCCAAAUGGAAUAUUUCAAUGCAGGCAAUGUGUAGGUAGUGACGAUUGGUCCAUUGAUUUAAAUUGCCCAAAAAUAUCAAAUGGAAAUAAAUGUUAUUUAAUUAUACAACUGUUAUUAAUUGUGAUGAUUUUUUUGUUUAAUUUUAAAAUAUAA